UGUAGUUCAGUCUGAGCCCGGGACGCGCUGCGGGCAGUACAGAGGGAGUAUCCGCGCUGUCUGGAGAACAUCACAUUCUGACAGAAAGCAAGAAAGGAAAGUGUGAGGAUGGCAUUUGUUUGAUUGGUGUGAGAUUCUCCUAAUUCUCCUGAUGGCUACUGCCAAAAAGGGUACGAAGCCCAAAGUGGCCGGUGUCCGCUUUACCACCGGUUAUCCCGAGGAGGGCGCUCACAAUCAUGUGCACUUUGAUGAGAAACUGCAUGACUCGGUGGUCAUGGUCUCUCAGGAAGAAGAUGGGAAUGUCUUGGUAAAGGUGGGCUUUCUGAAGAUCUUGCACAAAUAUGAGAUUGUGUUUACGUUGCCUGCAAUACACAGACUUGGGAGAAAUAUAUUUGUUGUUCCUGUCCCCAACCUGAACCUCAAAGUGACCAGCAUCACGCCACUCGCUGACGGACACAGCAUUAAGUGUGAGUACACGGCACAUAAGGAAGGGGUGGUAAAGGAGGAAAUGGUCCUGGCCAGUGAAACCAACGACAAGAUGUCCGUCAAAGUGGUUAUUCAAGCAAGAGUGUUGGAUCGUCACCAUGGGACUCCGAUGCUGCUUGAUGGUGUGAAGUGUAUUGGAGCAGAGCUGGAGUACGACUCCGAGCAGAGCGAUUGGCAUGGCUUCGAUUGAAGGAGCCACGGAAAAGGCUGGGGAUAGUCUGCUUUGUGUUGCUAAUUGGCUUUGAGAAUGGAAGAAAUCAAUAGGUUAUCUGCUCGUCUCGUAAACGUCCGAUGGCCAAAGCUUUGUAUUGGACUGUAAAUAGAGCCCAGGGUAAAGUGUCACCAAUUUGGCCCGGCCAUUUGACAGUUUUAUGUUUUGGGAAGGAUACCUACAGCUCUGUGUUCUGCAGUGUGAUUUAUUGUGUUUACAAAUGCAGGCACGAUAUGAUACAAUAGCUUUUAACUGUGCCUAAGAUGCCGCAAUCUGUUGCCUUGUGUGCCAAGUCUAUAUCGCGCUAGCAGAUGAGAAGCGAGAGUAACCCUGUGUAACCUCCACUUUUUGUGUAAUGUAUUCGGUAGCUGCCUGAGGAUUAUCGGCUGCUAAAUGAAUGUUUCCACGUAUGGUACUUGCUCAGGACUUAUUCAUACAAUCCAUAUGCCCUGUGACAUUUUUACCCCUUGUACUCUGAAUCGGGUUGAACAGACAUCAUUUUAAGGAGCGUUAGAAACUUUUAAAGCAUUUCUGCAUUUAGUCUUUAAUUGCGUUAAAUAUGAAUAUAUACAAAGUUCUGUUCAAUAAACCUCAGAUGGCAAUAUUUAA